AUCCUUUCGGAAGGAGAGGCGGAGAGAACAAGAAAUGGUUCACAAUGCGUAUGAUUCAUGUAUACUCGUAGAUAAUUCCUCGAGGAAGAUCGAGGCAAUUGCAUCGUAUGGUAUCAAGCUUCUCGUAGGUUGCUCAGAUGGUUCUCUGAUGAUAUAUUCACCGGAAUCUUGUGCUUCCGAUAUAUCUUCACCUUCCGAUUACCAGAUAAACUUAGGGAUGCGUAAGGAACCCUAUGUUCUGCAGAAAACCGUGAUUGGAUUCUCGAAGAAAGCUUUAAUCUCCAUGGAAGUUUCGGGAUCAAGAGAGCUUCUUUUAUGCCUAUCUGAAUCAAUCGUGAUUCAUCGACUUCCUAGUCUUGAGUCAAUCGCCGUUAUAACAAAAGCCAAAGGUGCUAAUGUCUACGCCUGGGAUGAUCGGAGAGGGUUCUUAUGUUUCGCAAGGCAGAAGAGGAUCUACAUUUUCAGGCAUGAUGGUGGUCGGGGAUUUGUGGAGGUGAAAGAUUUUGGUGUUCCUGAUCUGGUGAAGUCAAUCUGCUGGUGUGGUGAAAAUAUAUGUUUGGGGAUUGGAAGGGAAUACACGAUACUGAAUGCUAUUAAUGGUGCGUUAUAUGUGGUAUUUCCUCCUGGGAGGAUUGUCCCUCCUCUCGUGGUACCUCUUCCUUCUGGGGAGCUUCUUCUUGGAAAGGAUAACAUAGGAGUUUUUGUAGACCAAAAUGGGAAACUAAUUCAAGGAGGCAGGAUAUGUUGGUCUGAUGCCCCUUCAGUGGUUGUGAUCCAUAAGCCAUAUGCAGUUGCUCUUUUACCAAGAUACAUUGAGAUUCGGUCUCUCCAUGCUCCUUAUCCAUUGGUUCAGACUAUUGCUCUUCGCAAUGCUCAUCAUCUUGUCCAAAGCAAUGGCUUUGUUAUUUUUGCAUUAGAAAACUCUAUUUAUGGCUUGUUCCCAGUCCCUAUUGGUGCACAGAUCGUACAAUUAACAGCAUCUGCUAAUUUUGAGGAAGCCUUGGCUUUGUGUAAACUACUUCCAUCAGAAGAUUCAAGCCAUCGAGCAGCAAAGGAGGCAUCCAUUCAUAUCAGAUAUGGGCAUUAUCUGUUUGACAAUGGAAGCUAUGAAGAGGCUAUGGAUCACUUUUAUGCAUCUCAAGUAGAUAUAACCUACAUACUCUCUUUGUAUCCAUCUAUUGUUCUUCCAAAUCCAGUGGCUGUUUCUGAGCUGCGGAAUGUGACUGACUUUGCAUGGGAUGCUUCACAUCUCUCCAGAGUUUCUUCUGAUGUGUCAGAUGAUAUGGAAUCCUUAUCUCAACCACAGCAAUUUGAAUCCGAUGAAUAUUCUAUUCUUGAGUCUAAAAAAAUGAGCUACAAUACUCUCAAGGCACUUGUUAAGUUCUUGCAGAAGAAGAGAUAUACUAUAAUUGACAAAGCCAAUGACGAAAAAACAGAAGAGGUUGUUUCAUCCGCUGUGGAAAACUGGUCUAAGGGUUCAAAUAAGGGUCAUCAUGAUAUCCUUAUUAGCUUAAUGGCCAGGGAGAUGGCAGCAACAUUGGAUACAGCGCUGAUCCAAGCUCUGCUUCGUACUGGACAAUCUUCAGCUGCUAUAGAGCUACUGAAAGUUCCCAAUUACUGUGAUAUAAAAAUAUGUGAGGAAUUUCUGCGUAAAAGCAAUUAUUACACUGUGCUGUUAGAACUCUACAAGUGCAAUGGUAUGCACCGUGAAGCACUGAUACUUCUGAAUGAACUAGUGAAAGAAUCAAAAUCAAAACAACCACAAUGUGAGCCCACCCAAAAGUUUAAACCGGAGAUGAUUAUUGAGUAUCUCAAGCCGCUAUGUGGAACUGAUCCUAUGCUCGUCUUGGAGUUUUCGAUGCCUGUUCUUGAAAGCUGUCCAACACAAACUAUUGAGCUCUUUUUGUCUGGAAAUGUUCCAGCAGACUUGGUCAACUCUUACCUAAAACAGCAUAUGCCAAGCAUGCAGGCGACAUAUUUAGAACUUAUGUUUGCAAUGAAUGAAAAUGGGAUUCCUGGGAAUCUGCAGAAUGAAAUGGUGCAAAUUUAUCUCUCAGAAGUACUUGAUUGGUAUGCGGAUCUAACUGCUCAGCAAAAGUGGGACGAGCAAGUUUAUCCACCAACACGGAAGAAGCUAUUGUUUGCUUUAGAGAGUGUCUCAGGAUAUAAUUUAGAGGGUUUUUUAAAACGUCUUCCAAUGGAUGCUUUAUACGAGGAGCGUGCAAUUCUGUUGGGGAAAUUGAACAAACAUCAGCUUGCCUUAUGUCUUUAUGUUCAUAAGCUUCAUGUUCCCGAAUUGGCGCUGGCCUACUGUGAUCGUGUUUAUGAGGCUGGACAGAAUCAACUGUCUUCAAAAUCUCAAAGUAAUAUCUAUCUCACUCUUCUGCAAAUCUAUCUUAAUCCCUAUACAACAACUAAGGAGUUUGAAAAGCAAAUCAUGAAUCUGGCACCUAAGCGUAUUGGCAUUCAGAAGGUUGGCUCAAUCAAAACUAAAGGGAGCCGUGUGGCCAAGAAAAUUGCUGAGAUAGAGGGUGCUGAUAAUAUUAAAAUCAGCCUCAGUAAUACUGACAGUGGACAGAGCAAUGGUGAAGGAGAUGAAGCAUGUGAGGAAGGGGGUCUUACCAUUAUGCUUGAUGAGGUCCUGGAUCUGUUGAGUCAAAGAUGGGAUAGAAUCAAUGGAGCUCAGGCCCUCAAGCUUUUACCUAGAGAAACAAAAUUACAGAACUUGCUUCCAUUUCUUGGACAACUUCUAAAAAAAUCCAGUGAAGCAUACCGAAACUUCUCAGUGAUCAAGAGCUUGAGACACAGUGAAAACCUUCAGGUGAAAAGUGAACUCUAUCAGCAAAGGAGAAUGACAGUGAAGAUCAGUAAGGAUAGCAUGUGUUCUCUUUGCAACAAAAGGAUAGGAACAAGCGUUUUUGCAGUGUAUCCUAAUGGAAAGGCUCUUGUUCACUUUGUCUGCUUCAGAGAUUCGCAGAGUAUGAAGGUCAUAGUGAAAGAACUAAACCUCACCAUAGAUGAUUGAAGUGCAGAGAAAUGCGGAGAUAGCUGCUUGCAAGGAGAGAAUGCUUUCCUAAAAUCUGCUGGCAACAAAACCAACCUGGUUGGAAGAAUUGUGAUAGAGAUCAUCCAAUUAUGUCACUUCUUUGAUGUGAUCAUAAGGGUAUUUGACUGUGGCAUGGCUUGAGCUAAGGCAGUAGUAAGAGAUCUGUAAAUGAUGGGUAUCUCCCUAGUUAAGUUCAUGCUGAUAUGUUAAAUAUUUAGAAUCAAUGAAUAGCAAGGACUUGAAUCUUAAUGACAUGUUUUCUGUUUUUA